AGUAUACAUAACCUACUAAGAUUAUUUGUCUGGCUGCGGAGGAGCAGAGCUAGCAGUUGUUUUUAAACUGCCGCCGAGAUGACUACAGUUGCUGAUAUAGACCCUUAUUACAUAAAGGCCAUAACGGCCUUGCAUUCCCGUGACCAUUUGCAGGGUGGCAAACCACUGCUGCAGACUAUGCUCGAGGAGGCAAUCAAAUCGAAGACUGGCAUUGAAAAGAAUUUCACUCCGAUGAUCCAAACACUUUUCAAGCAAGGAGGCCUCGAGGACUACAAGAACAUCAUGGAGGAGAGCAAAACGACAUCGAGUUCAGACAAUGAACUCGAAUUGGAUUUGCUGAAAGAAGAUCUGAACUGUGUCGUGUGUCAAGGAAUGGAUGUCGGUGCAAGGAACAGAUUGCUCGAGUGCUCCGAUUGCCAUUACCUGUACCAUCAGGAGUGCCAUCAACCUGCAGUCACACAGCAAGAAGCGGAAGGCUCAUGGAUUUGCAACAACUGCAAGGAAGCUAAGAAAGUGAAGAAAAGUCCAACCAGCUCUUCAUCGAGUCAUUCUUCGUCUAAAUCCAAGAGCUCUCCAGCCAACACUCCGAGACACAGCUCGUCCAGCUAUAAAAGCAGUUCGAAAUCGAGCUCGUCUUCGAAGAGCUCUUCGAGUAAAUCGUCCAGCAAAACGUCUUCGUCAUCGUCGUCGAGCUCAUCCAGACACUCCUCCUCCACGUCCAAUUCGAAUAUCAUCAGCGCCGAUAAACGCAUACAGAUCAUGAAGAAGAAGGCGGCCAAGCAGCACGAGAAGAAGAAACUGCCCAGAUGAAAGAGAGCUUCGAAUAAAUAAAGAAAUACUACUGUACACAUUCAACACACACAUACAAUUUAGAUGAUUAGUUUAUUGUAUCAAUAAAUCCCUUAUGGCCCUUACACAUGGUAUUUUUAUAUAUAGUUGUAGAUAUAUUAUUCAUGUUAGAAUUGAUGUGCGUUUCAUAAAUAAACAAUUUUCCCCCU